UAGUUUACUUAUUUUUAUAGAAAUUUAAAUUGUAAUUAACAUAUAAAAUUUUAUUUUUUAUAAAAGUUUUCAAAGAAAACCUACGUUUUACGUUUCUUAUGUAUCAUAAAGUUUUAAUAUUGCCAAUGAUUAUCGUAAUGCAGCCUAAAAUAUGUCAAGAUAUUUUCCACUAGAGAUGUGCGAAUUAAGGUUUUCUAAUUCGAAUCGAAUCGAAUCGAAUUUGCAAAAAAAAUUCGAAUCGAAUUGAAUCGAAUUAACAAAAAUAUCGUCGAAUCGAAUCGAAUCGAAUCACCCAUAUUUCGAAUUCGAAUCGAAUCAACGCAUAGGAAUCCUGCAAGCCAGGAAUGUGACAUAAGCAUUUGAAACAUCGAAUAGGUGAAUCAAAAUUAACGAAGUCUGAAAUCUCGUAACGACGCAAAGGCGCUGGAUGCACGAUAGAAUUUAACGGGUUUUAAGUCUUCUUACGCGGUUUUUUUAUUCGAAUUCGAAUUGCAGUAAUUCGACGUUAUCGAAUCUUUCGAAUUCGAACUAUGUUGAUUUGGAUUCGAAUCGAAUCGAAUAUCGUCAGAUUGGAUUCGAUUUGAUUCGAAUUCGAAUAAUUUGCACAUUUCUAUUUUCCACGUAUUAUAAAAUAUAAAAAUAAAACAUAAUGCACGUAGUUUUCAAUCUGGCAUAUCAAUUACUGUCUGCAUAAUAUUUGUAUACUGAAGAGAUGCGCGAAUCUAUAAUAUAAAGAUAGUAGAAAAUUAAAGUAAUGAUAAAAGUAACAUUUGAAUUCGUUAUCAUUACUGUAAAAAUGAUGUUACCAUUAUCGUUAGAGACAGAAAAAAAAUAACGAUAAUGGUAACGGUAACGUUACAAAUAACGCGUUACUUCCAAAUCCUACUGGAAUAUCACAAUAUGUGCGGUGCGGGAUUGUAUUCAGAAACAAGAGAGAUAUCAUUUUAUCUUUGUUUUUCAUCGAAUGUUAAACAAGAAUAAAACGAUAGCACUCAGAUGAUGUUUCUGAAAAUACGGACUAGCGGUAUACGUGUACGUUCAGCGGGCAGCUAAUUUUGCGAUUACAGGAAAGAGGCCGGGAUGAUCGUUAUCAGGAUUUCUCUCUGCUACCAGAAAGGAUAGUCGCCGAUAUCGUUUGAUUGGUCAGACUACACGUGACUGCACGCGAGACAAUUUCGGAUUCCUCGAUUGUGUGUCCCGUGAAGUCCCGUUGCCAGCGAUCAAGCGCUGGAUCGGAACGGAAUUUCCGCAGGAAGUUGCAUUUUUCGAAUUGCCGUCACGCGUGCGAUCGACGCAGACAGAUCUUUAAACGAGAUUAAAGACGAAUUAAAAGCCGAUCGAUAUAUAUAUAAAGAAUAUAUAUUUUAUAAAUACAAGAUCGUGACUAUAUAUUUUGUAUAUAAUAUAUUAUAUAUAGUCACAACUUGUAUUUAUCACACAACUUGUAUAUAAAAUCGUUUCAAAUUUGAUUUCUAUCAACAGCUGAUAAAAAUAACGUCCCAUCAAAAUCGUACUCUUCAAAUGAUUUUAAAUAUAAUUGAUCGAAUGCCGUUUUAAAGAAGAUGUUGUUUCUCACAUUGGAAAUAGAUUCUUACAUGCAAUAAAAAUUAUUAAAUUGAAUAGAAAAAAUCAUCAACGUACAGCCGCGGUAACGUUCGACAAUUUUUAUUUCCGUCUCCUAUACUGACAACGCAAUCGAAAUUGUUCUCCGUUCGAGGGGAAACGCCUAGCUGUUGCACAAUAUUCAAUAUAACAGAUAAAUAAUAGUUUCGCGCCGCGCGCGCUAUGUCAAGCAUCGAAUUUUUCUCGACCGAAGUUAAUUUCGAAUCGGGCCGCCUUAUCGAACGGAUUCGAAGCCGCGAGUUCGUCGUCAUAGCGACGUCAAUUUGUUGUUGCGGAACAGUGCGUUUGCAGCGAGAUGAUAUCGGGGCUGCUGUCUCUCUCUCUCACGAGUGUAUUAUAUUCGCGAUGGACGGCCACUUCCAUCCGGGGGAUUUGGAGGCGCUGCAAAAAUUAAUCUGCCCGCCGAAGGACGACUCCGACGUCGAGGAUGAUCUACCGCAGGCGGGCGCGAGGAAGUUGGGACCGGGUGACAUCGGCGCGUCGAGCGAACCCUCGUCCCAGGAUCGCGUGGGACCACAUGCGCCCCUCCAGGGCGCGGGUGAUGAUAUUUGGCAUCCUUCGGAGGCGGUCGACACCCGGGGCUCGCAGGAUCACGACCCCAGAAAGAUGCCCGAAUACGAGAUGAAGUUCAAGCAGGCAGUGACGGCGGAGGACGUUUACUUGGGAAUUGGCUUUAAGACGCCGUGCACGGCGUCCUGCGAGUGGCUGUCGCUGCUGGUGAAAUUGCCCGGGGAAACGCGGGAGGAAGUGGAACUCUCCGUGGAAUCCGAGGCGAUCGACGUGCGCAGCCCAAGAUAUCGGCUACACCUACCGACGCCGCACCCGGUGGAUCCCAACGCGUCCUCCGCCAAGUGGCACGGCGACACCGCCACCCUCGAGGUCACCCUGAGACUCGCGCGCGAGCUGGAUAACGUAAACUUCUGAGCUUCCGGAUCGAUGUGUGAUCGUCGCUUUGCGAAUCGCCGGUACCCGACCCUAUCGAGGCAACCCAUGGAUUGCGCUUCCAUAGGGUACCCCACGGACCAAGUGUUUAUUGAAGAAAUCGCGGAGUAAAAAUUUUUCACCGAGAUGUAGAAAUAUCUCGCGCGCAAGUUGCUUUUCAAAAAUGUACGAGUACUAAAUAGUAAAAUAAUCCUUUUCUACUUCCUCAUACUUAUUUUUCGGCCUUUUUCUUAAAUACUUGCUGCUGCCAAGUGCAUUUCAAGUUUCUAAAUCCCAUUUUUGAUUAAUGACAGUAUCAUUAAGAAUUUUAAUUAUUAUUGUAAAUUAAUAAAGACGUUGCCUCGAGAAUAAUGAAGGAGAACGUUAUUGUAACCACUGAUCGCCGCAUCUUGGUUGCGUUUGAAAUUUUCUCGAUGGCGAAAACGCGUCCUCACGGCGCACCCAAUUUACUUCUAACCCUCUCGAUUAAACGGCGCAUAAAAAACUCGCGGAGGGAUCCUUGAAGAACUGCCGGUCUCAAUGGGCCAUUGUGGAGUACCCCCUCGCUUUUAGAAACAAGCACGUCGGGACACCGAGUUAUCCUUUUUUUUCCCUUCUUCCCAGGGAUAGAAUAACAACUACGCGGUGGAUACCGGUUAACUUUUAUCUUCCAGCGUAGAGCUAGCUACACAACAAGUUUUCCUCCUUACCUUUUUUUUUCGCGGUUCUUUCCCUCUCAGUCCUUUUGCAUCCGUUCUGUGUAAUCCGAUACUCGCGCGCACGUUGACGCUACCUCCCGUCUUUUCAAAACUUUUUGUACGGAAGCACACGGAAGCUUCCAUAAUAGUCGCGGCAUUGAUUGCUUCGCAGUAUCGAUCCGCAUUAUUCCAACACGCGAUAAUUUUUUGAGCCUUUUUUCCCCGUUCGCUGAAAUCUCGCUUAAAUAAGGUUUUUUUUUUUCUCUUGUUUUCGUAGUAGAUACUCCCUCGAAAUUCGACCGGGUUUUCUUUUUCUGUAGAAACUCUUGAUGUAUAUUUUUUGCUUCCUUUGCUGUGAAUUGCUUACCAAAGAAUGCGAGGGAUAGCAGCGCACGAAACGGAAACCUGGCGGUCCCGUCGCCCAUGUUGGGCAGGCGGUGCCAGCCUUAAAAGUUAAUUGCGACGGUGGUCAGGCAAAGCAGCGGCAGAUGUGGCGGAUGUGAAAUUUUCCUUGCCGAGGUCGGUCGGAGAGGACGUGGAACUUGUGCAGUUUCAGCAGGAAUGAUGGGAGUUGGGUGAAGUCCUAAUGCCCGCCGGACUCUGUCCCGUAGCGGCGGCGGCGUGGAAGCUGAAGAAGGAAAAGGAUAACGUCGGUAUCCCCGAAAGGGCGAGCCGAUAAUCGUUUCGAAAGUGGGUUCGUAAAUAACGACACGGACGAGCUUCUUCUAUGGAGAAGAAGUUUAAGGAGAUGGGGAAACGCGAGCUUGCAUUUAGGAUAUUGAUGCACUUUACAUUAUUCAGUUUUAUUAUUCCAGCUGAUGGAAUGAAGUUGUCUUGAUUCAAGAAUUAACGCGAGAUAAUUACACUGAGAAAAAAAUAUAUUAUACGUGACAUUUGUAGUUGCAUUAAAUAAUUAUAGUCAGCAAUAUUAUUUUUAUAAUAAUUAUUAUUAUAAUAUUGGUAAUAAUAAUUAUAUGCUUAUAGUGAUUUUAUAGUACAACUUAUUGAUAUUAAAAUCUCUAUUCUGAUUAUGACAAUCCUAUCAUAGGUUGCAUAGAUCAAUAUUAUAAGAAUUUUAAUGCAAUUAAAAAAUAUAAUUUAUAUUGUUGAAUAACUGUAAAAAUAUGAUUGAAUUAAAAAAUGAUUGUAAAUUAUAGUAAUAAUGAUCGAAAUUGUAUUAAACAUGAAUCGGCGUUGAAUUGGGUGAAAAUUCGACCACAAUAGCACUCCAGGGUGAAAUUACAUACGCGUACAUUAAUCAAAACUUGCUUUUUUUUUAAUAUAAUCAAUAUGGAAUCAAAUAUAUAUGCCCUGGUUUCAAGAUAACCUUUUGUAAUAUUUCUCUACUCAAUUAACGGUCCAAAUUUUAGAACCAGUUAUUUCAACAUAGCGAUUACUCGAACCGAUUUUGCAUACUGACUUUGAAAUUCAAUAUUUUGUUUAGUUUUACCGUGCAAAGUUAAUAAGAAAUAUAUCGAUAAUACAGCAGAGUACCGCAUUUGAAUAACAUUUUUCGAAAGUGCAUCACUUCAAAACCCGAUUGUAACUAGAAUAUUAAAAUCUUGGAUACUGAUUCUUAGUAUAAGAAGUUUCUGCUUGAGAAUUCGCUCCGAGAAGAAGAUAUGAAAGAAAAUUUAGAGAAACAAUAUUCAACAACCUACGAGAAAGAUGAAAACUAUGUUAGGAGAAUUUUGUUCUACUCUCGCAACACAAUAUUUUUACGGAAAGUUUUUACUUCGGCUACUCCAGUUGAGUUCUUUAGAUUUCUUUUCCAUGUCUUUUACUCUCAAGUUAUUCAUCUCUCUUUAUUAUUCAUUAGCUGAGCGUAGAUUUAAUUUUCGUACUGUGUCUUCCAGAAGAAAACGGAUCUCUAUCCAAUGAUCUCGAUCGAGAUCACUAUCAAUUUCCUGUCAACUUUUUUAAUAAUUGAAUCUAUCGGAACAGAGGAGAGAGAGAGAGAGAAUCCGAGGGGAGGACUUACCAUAAAACUGAAAUUUAAAUCGUCGGCCAAACUGGGUCGUCAAAUAUGUUUCUCGCUUUAAGGACGCUUCUUUCCUUACUUUCGAAAAUUGCGAACCUUCCCAUUACACGGAAGAUCGCAUUCUUGCCGUUCUUCAGAAUUUUACUUUGAAUGGUUAUCUUUACUCGGCGAGAGAGACCUUCAAUUUGUCAUACGAGAUCCGCAGGCGGCGUGGCGCGUCUCUCUCCCGUCUCAUCGAAAUACUUCGCUGCUCCAUCAUCAAUGGAACUGGGUUAGGAAUUCACGGAAUACCUCGGAAGAAUACUACUACGAGGGUGCUCGAUACAUAGACCCCUCCUCCCCCUCGUCCAUUGGCCGCGCGGCGCGGCGGCCAGAGGGUCAACAGCUAAGAUAGGCGAAGUCGAUUAUCGCCGACACUCUCCUGGCACGUGGGAAAUCGAUACCUAAUUAUCGUUCGGUAUUCUACGCGCGAGCUGUCGCGGGAAUUUCCUUCGCUGUAGUAAACUCGACCUGUCCUGCGCCGCCACCGCCGCCGCCGCUUCUGUGCGCUCCCGGGGGAUUACAGGGGCGAACUGGUUCACGAAGUUAAGCACAAAGUAAAGGAUACGUGGCGCACGGUAUUUACGUAAGCAACGAAAUUUACGGAUCGAGGAGAGAGAGAGAGAGAGAGAGAGAAAGAGCGAGUCUCGCAGAGAGGGAGCAUUGUGUAUCUGAAGGAUUUACUCUCGCACGCAUUUGCACUCAAAUCUCGAGUAACAAUUUAAGAAGAUACAUACGCGAGGGCGAAAGAAAGUGAUUCUCCCGCGGGCGCACCUCUCGAUUCCCGUUCCUUUAAAAUCGCACUUUUACUUUAUAUGCGAACAGCUAACAGUUUUUAUGUGUGCCUAUAUUUGUUUUCUUUCGACGCUGCGAAAAGAGUAGGAAAUUAUUUUUUACACUUUACAUUUUAGAUAUUUCAGAUUCCAUGAAUUAUUCAUAAAUGUUAAUGAAUAUUAUUGAAUCAAAAGCGAAUAACUUUACGCAACUUUUGCUAGGAGAUGUUUUCCGAUUCUGCUUGCAACAAUUUAUUUGACAUAGAUACAAAAUUAUUCGCGUGUUUAUCCUAUGAAAAAAAAAAA